GGACAUUGAACGCGGCAACACAAAUGUCGCGUAACUUUCAUUACUUGGAAGAAAAAUAUUUUUGUUGAAGUAAUCUACAUAACAAAACAACAGUUCAGUUGUUAUGACCAAUCUAACUGAAGGUCCACUAAAUAUUGAUGUACUGAAAGAAAGCUAUCAUAAUGAAUUUUUCAGUUAUAUCGAUGUAUAUGCUUCACCUAAGUGUAUAUAUUGGGAGAAAGAUCUUCUAGCUCAUGUGAGUUCCGUCGUUAACAACUCCGAUUUGAAGGUAAUAUCAGUAUUUAAAUUAACCUCCUCCCCCCACAAAAAAUCUAUAUUUAGAAGCACGGUGUUGUUAAUUCUUUCCUUCUAACAUCUAUCAAAGAUACCUGCUCUCCAUCAACAUGUAAAUCUGUGAUAUUUAUUAUCAGUCCAAAAGUCAGCGUUGUUGAUUGUGUACAAUCAUUUGUUGUGAGGUAUGCUCUAUUCCCCUCUUCUUCUUAUUAUUAUUAUCAUUAUUAUUCCUUCUAUCUAAAAUUUUACAUCUAAAUUUUUAGAGAUUCACAGUUGAAUCAAAACACUGGAAAACAAUAUGGUAUAAUAGCCAUACCAAGAUUUUCAUUUGCUUGUAAAAAUUUUCUAAAAGUCAAAAAGUUAAUUAAUAAAUUCACGCAUAUAUCUGAAUUUCCUUUAACAAUUGUACCUGUGGAUUGUGAUGUUCUAUCCAUGGAGGAUUCAAGUUGUUUUGCUAAUUAUUCAAUUUCUGAAAAGCAUGAUAGUAUUUAUCAAUUUGUACAAGGAUUAAUGAGAUUUCAGUCUAUUUUUGGUCUAUUCCCGAAAAUAUUUGCUAAAGGCGAAAAAGCUGUGCAAGUGACCAAAAUGCUAAGACGUAUGCUUGAUGAAAGCAAAGCUUCUGAAAAGAGUCAAUCACAGUGUACAGCAUUAGACGAAAUUGAAAGUCAGACUGACUUGCUGAUACUCAUUGAUCGCAGUGUUGAUCCGCUUACUCCACUGUUAAAUCAAUUAACCUAUGCUGGAUUAGUAGAUGAAAAGUGGGGAAUUCGAUUCGGUAUUUGUAAGCCGUGUUUCUCAUCAGAAAAUGAAACAUCAAGAAAGGUUAUGCUCAAUUCAACAGAUAUGGUAUAUGCAGAAAUACGAGAUCAAAAUUUCUCUAAAGUAGGACUUACUUUAUCACAACUUACAAAAGAAAUUUCUGCACUUGUCGCAGAGUCUAAAUCAGCCAAAGAGUUAUCGGAUUUACGUCGUGUAGUUAGUCAAAUACCAGAUAUUCGAUUAAAACGAUCAGAACUUGAAAUACAUACUCUUCUAGCAGAAGAUAUACAGAAACGUGUAAGCACUGAUGACUUUCUAUCGGGUUUAAAAGCUCAACAAGACUUUCUCAAUUGCUGUGAAUCGGAUAAAGCACAUCCUUUCAUUGAAGAUUGUAUAUUAAGAGGAGCACCAUUGGAAGAGGUUCUUCGGUUGAUCUGUAUUCAAUCAUUUUGUAAUGGAGGCUUAAAACAACGACUUUUAGAAUAUUAUAAGAAUGAAAUUAUACAGGUGUAUGGUUUUGAGCAUAUUUUCACUUUGGAUAAUUUGGAACGUGUUGGCCUACUGCAUGAAUCAUCGAGUAAUCUACUACUGACUAGUCUACAAACAUCAAAUUUUACUCCACAAGAAAAAAUCAAUUUAAGGCAUAGCAAUCCUAUAAAUUCUAAAUUGCCUACAAGUUUAAAACAAACAAUUAUCAAUAUAAGUAUGAGUUAUAAUUCUGCAUUGAAAGGAAACUUGCGCCUAAUACCAGCGUUUCCUAAUCAUCAUCAUCAUCAUCUUGUAAAUGAUACUGAACAAGCUUUAUGCAAUAUAUUCUCUGGUUAUAUACCAAUAUCUACACGUCUUAUUCAAAUAUUGACAAAUAAUUGGUAUCCAAAAUCGAAUCUCUCCUCGUCGGUUAAUCCUCCAAUGAUGACGGGUGGGAAUAAUCAUCUUUCCACCACCAGUGCCGGGGGUGGGGGAUCAAGUAAUCUUUUCUUAUCAAAAGCUACUAAUGCUAUUAUGUCGGGGACACGUCUAUUGUCAGGUCUUCGAUCACCAGAUAGCCUGGAAAUGUCUGUAUUACCAGAGGCGGCGGAUGAACAAAACAUGACAUUCGGUUUUAAUUCUGCUGCUGCUGCUGCUGCAGGAGGAGGUAGCGGUAGUGGCAGUGGCAGUGGUAGUAGUAAGCAACGUGUUUCCCUGCCUAAUUAUUCAACAUUAUCUACGCUUCCUGCGAAUCGUCCGCCAAUUGUUGUCCACUCAUUAUCUCAUUUAAUCAAUGCUCCAGAAUUAGAAGAGCUACAGCUACCAAUGAAUAAUGAUUUACCUUUCGAAUCAAGUAAUAUCAAUAAUCAUAAUAAUAAGAUUGGUAAUAGUUUGUUAAAUACAAAAAGUAAUCUAAAUAAACCACGGAUUAUAGUUGUUGGUUUUGUUGGCGGUGUAACGCAUGCAGAAAUAUCAACUUUAAGAACACUGGCUGCUGUUGAAGACUCUAAUAUUGAAUUUGUUAUUAUUACAACGGGAUUUUUAACAGCGCACACAUUUAUCAAUUCUCUCAGUCAACCAAUGAAACCGAUAACAUUGAUUCCAUUUUAAAUUACUUGCUGAUUUAUUAUUGAUACUUAUGCCCACAUUAUUAUCAUUUCAAAUUGUGAUUUACAUUCUACUGCUUUGUAAUUUGUUAUUAUUAUAAUAUUAUUUAUAUUUAUAGUCU